UGGCAGGAUGAGCUGACGCACUUUCCCCCAAGCAAUGGUUGGAGGGAAGGGAUCAUCAUUGGGCAGUGCUACUUGCCUAUCUGAAGCAAGAUCACCAGAGAUAUUGAUAAGAAUUCAUGGUUAGCCAAAGCAAAGGCCCUUGACAUUUAAGUAUUACACAACGUGAUUUGCUCUUGGAGAAGGUAUCUUGAGACACAUUUACUAUGUUACCCAGAAGUCAUAGGACAGGCAGUCCAGGGCCUUCUUAUCCAAGGAGUCCUGGAUCUCUACGAUCAAAGAGCCCAGGAUCAAGGCCAAUGAGCCCAGGAUACUCAAGAAAAAGGACCCCAUCCACAGGAUAUGCAUUAGACCAGCCAUCUGGAUCUCGAUCAUCUUCCAGAGAACGAGGGGUUACCAUGAGAAGGUCAAGUACUCCAGAAAGAGGGCGUUCAGUUGUCAAGACAGGAGCUAUUGUCAUAGAUACUGGUACAGGGACAUGUAAAGCUGGAUUUGCAGGUCAGCAGACCCCCCAGUCAGUCAUUGGGACAUUAGUUGGACACCCUACAGAAAAAUCUAUGAGGACUAGAAGAGAUAGACAAGAUACAUUCAUUGGAGAGCAAGCUCGAUUGGAACCUGAUACCGAUAUUAUUUUUCCAGUAAGGCAUGGCAUAAUCAUAGACUGGGAAGCAGCUGAAACACUGUGGAGGCACCUGUUCUACCAUGACCUCAAAGUUGCUCCAGAAGACCAUGCUCUUUUAAUGUCUGAUCCUCCUCUCUGUCCAACUACAAACCGGGAAAAAUUGGUGGAGGUUGUCUUUGAGUCUCUCAAUUCUCCUGGAAUGUAUGUGGCAUAUCAGUCUGUACUAUCAGUGUAUGCUCAUGGAAAAAUUAGUGGGUUGGUGGUAGAUACAGGCUAUGCUAUGACACACUCUGUACCAGUCUAUCAAGGAUACAAUUUGCCACAUGCUAUAGAAAGGAUGGACAUUGCUGGAGCCAAUAUGACAUCUUUUUUGAUGGAUCUCCUCAAAGACAUGGGGAAUUACUUUGAUGAAAGAAUGUUGGAUGUUAUUGAUGAUAUCAAACAAAAAUGCUGUUAUGUUGCACUUGAUUUUGAGACUGAGUGGAAUCGUCCAAAGAGAGAAUACAUGGUGGACUACCAGUUACCAGAUGGCCAAGUAAUCACUUUAGGAAAGGAGAGAUUUCAGUGUCCAGAAAUGUUGUUCAGCCCUCCUCAAAUGCCUGGACUUACACUUGUAGGAAUCCAUGACAUGGCCCAAAAAAGCUUAAGGAAGGUCCCUGAACAAUCCAGAAAAGAAAUGUAUGAAAACAUAAUAUUAUGCGGAGGGUCAUCUCUUUUUGAAGGAUUUGAAAGGAGAUUUACUCAUGAUGUAAUGUCCAGCAUGCAGACAAAUACAAAAGUCAAAGUCAUGGCUGUUCCACUCAGGCACUAUUCCGUCUGGACUGGAGGAUCCAUACUUGCUUCCCUGAAAAAUUUUCAACCAUGCUGGAUCAGAAAGGAACAAUACCAUGAGCAUGGACCAUUCAUUGUCCAUAGGAAGUGCUAUUAGAAUGGCCCAAAUGAAGCCCGGGAUAGCUAGGGCUGAAAUGGCUGAAAAGCAACUCAUAAUAAAUCUCUGUGUUGCAUAGGC